AUGAUCCUGUGGCUCAAUUUGGUUUCCUUACUGGCAGUCCUCAGAGGUGUCCUGUCAGAGGCCCAGUUGGUGGAGUCCGGAGGGGACGUGAGAAGGCCUGGAGAGUCCCUCCAUCUCACCUGCCAAGGCUCCGGAUUCAGCUUCAGCAGCUACUACAUGGGCUGGGUGAGACAGGCCCCUGGAAAAGGGCUGGAAUGGGUGGCAUACAUAAGCUCUGGUUCUGGUUCCAGUACUUACUACUCGGACAAAGUCAAGGGACGCUUCACCAUCUCCAGGGACAACUCCAAAAGCCAACUCUAUCUGCAAAUGAACAGCCUGAAGCCAGAGGACUCGGCAGUCUAUUACUGUGCGAGGGACACAGUGAGAGGAAGUGAGUCUGAAGCCUGGCAAAAACCUUCCCUUGGUCACAGCUGCUCUGCAAGAACCCUGAGCAUGGUAGCCCUUCCAGAUCAGAUCACCCAGGCAGACACUCUGGGAGACAGACAGUUCUUCAAGCUACCCCCACCAAAACAAAGUUCCUGCAGUCUCCCAAACCCUCACCUGUCAAUUCCCCUCCAUUCAUUCGAGGGAGCAAUAAUGAUCCUGUGGCUGAACUUGGUGUCCUUCCUAGCAGUCCUCAGAGGUGUCCAAUCUGCAGCCCAGUUGCUGGAGUCUGGAGGGGAUGUGAGAAGGCCUGGAGAGUCCCUCCGUCUCUCCUGCCAAGCCUCUGGGUUCUCCUUCAGCAGCCAUUGGAUGCACUGGGUGAGACAAGCUCCAGGGAAAGGCCUGGAAUGGGUGUCCAUCAUAAACCCUGGUUCAAGUGAUAUUAGGUACUCGGACAAAGUGAAGGGACGCUUCACCAUCUCCAGGGACAACUCCAAAAGCCAACUCUAUUUGCAAAUGAACAGCCUGAAGACGGAGGACUCGGCAGUCUAUUACUGUGCGAGAGACACAGUGGGAGGAAGUGAGUCUGAAGCCUGGCUUAAACCU